AUGUUCCAGAUGGCUCAGCAGUGUUUCCAAAAUGAAUAUUUUGACAGCUUGCUGCAAGCUUGCAAACCUUGUCACCUUCGAUGUUCUAAUGCUCCUCCAAUUUGUCAGCGUUAUUGUAAUGCAAGUGUGACCAAUUCAGUGAAAGGAGCGAAUGUGAUUCUCUGGACUUGUUUGGGCCUGAGCUUGACAGUUUCUUUGGCAGUUUUUGUGCUAAUGUUCUUACUAAGGAAGAUGAGCUCCGAACCCUCAAAGGAUGAAUUUAAAAGCACAGGGCCUGCUCUCCUGGACGUGGCUAAUGCUGACCCAGACCAUCACAAAACUGGUGAUGAAAUUCUUCUUCCAAGAGGCCUGGGGUACACUGUGGAGGAAUGUACCUGUGAGGACUGUGUCAAGAGCAAACCAAAAGUCGAUUCUGACCAUUUCUUUCCACUCCCAGCCAUGGAGGAAGGCGCCACCAUUCUUGUCACCACGAAAACAAAUGACUAUUGUAAUAGCCUGUCAGCUGCUUUGGGUGUUAUAGAGAUAGAGAAAUCAAUUUCUACCAGAUAA